CCCUGUGGACGCGGUGCGUUUCGCCGGCACACACUUAUACGCAAACACACACACACACACACACAUACACAUACUCGCGAUCGCGCGCACGCCGUCCGCCGCGCUGCAGUUUUCGUCCGACCAGCGAUAUACCGUCCGCAAACGCUUACCGGAGCGCACGUGCCGGGCACGACACGACGAAACGCACACAUAAUAUUAGUUAUAUAAUAAUAUUGAUAAUGAUAACGACGGUCGCCGCGCCAUCACACGUAUAAUAACCGCAAUAAUAUUAUUUUUGUCGUUAUAAUAUAUUGUUAUACGCGCGAGAGUAUAUGAUACGAUUAUAGUGAAAUACUAAUAUAAUUCGCGCACACACGCGUAGCUGCACGACGAUUACGACGACGGCGACGACAACGACGACGACGGCCGCAGCGGGUGCAGAUGUGCAGCGCGCGAUGAGCGCGGCCGCCAAAGACAAGACGAUGCCGCAGCGGUCGCCGUUCGCCAUACAAGAGCUUUUGGGGCUCACCGACAGCAACAGGAGCCCCGCGGCCGCCGUGUCGGCCGUCACGCCGCAGUACCCGCAACCGCCGGUGCCGCCGUCGGCGCCCGGGCCGGCCGGUCCGUCUUCGUGCUUUGCCGCCGACCGUGACGCCGGUCGGAUGCACCAUCACGGCCACCAUCACGGCCACCACCACGGCCAUCACCACCACAGCCACCACAGCCAGAUGGUGGCCAGCCGGUUCGCGUACUUCAACGCCCAGGCCGCCGUGGCCGCCGCGUUCCUGCCGCACAACAUGAACUCACUGGCCGCCGCCGUGGGCAUGACCGCCGCCGCGGCCGCCAACAACAACGGCGGAGCGCCGCUCUCGCUCACCUCCAACCACUCGGCCGCCGCCGCCGCCGCCGCAGCAGCCGCCGCAGCCGGAUUUUCACAACUACAAAAGAAUCCAGCGUUCAGUCCCAAUAGCUGCAUGUCAGGAUUAAGUCAUUUAAACCAUCAAGAAUCAGGCAAAGAUUACAGUAAUGAAGCAAUGACAACAUCAUUUGGUUCCAACAAGAAGAAGAAAAAAAGAAGGCACAGGACAAUAUUCACCAGUUACCAAUUAGAAGAAUUAGAAAAGGCUUUCAAAGACGCUCAUUACCCGGAUGUCUAUGCAAGAGAAAUGUUAUCCUUAAAAACAGAUUUGCCUGAAGAUCGAAUACAGGUCUGGUUCCAGAACCGACGAGCCAAGUGGCGAAAGACCGAAAAGUGUUGGGGAAGAAGCACAAUUAUGGCUGAAUAUGGACUUUAUGGUGCUAUGGUCAGACAUUCAUUACCGCUGCCGGAGACUAUCCUGAAAAGUGCAAAGGAGAAUGAAUGUGUCGCGCCCUGGUUGCUCGGCAUGCACCGCAAAUCGAUCGAGGCGGCGGACCAGCUGAAAGACGACAACACCGUGUGUAGCGGUGCCAGUCAAAAGAGCGACAAAGAGGAAGACGACGAGGACGACGAGGACGACGAAGAUGACGACGAGGAGAAUCACCCCUGCAAGAGGCCGGCCAGGACCAGCCCGGAAACGGCGACGGACAUGUCACCGCAGCGGCACCAACAGCAGCAGCAGCAGCAGCAACAACAAGACGCCGCUGUGGCGCAGGACCGGCAGCAACAGCAGCAGCAGCAGCAGCAGCAGCAACAGCAACAGCAACAGCAACAACAACAGUGCGCGGCCAACGCUGAAGCUCACCGGCGGAUCCAGCAAGAGAUACAGUCGCAGAUGGAGCAACAUCACGCGGCCGUCAUGCAGCUGGCCGCCAACCGGGCGCAAGACUCGGAAGAGUUCCGGAACAACAGUAUCGCGUGCCUCAGGGCCAAGGCGCAGGAGCACAGCGCCAAGAUACUCAGCCUGUCGGCGGACGCGCUCAUGUUGGUCAACAACAACGGCGGUGGGUUCCGGAGCCGGAACGCCGCCACCGCGGUGGCCGUGGCCGCGGCAGCCGCGGCGGCCGCCGACGUGGCCAUGGUGUCGGGCGGCGGCCAAGUGCUGGCCGACUGCGACGCGAACGCCAACAACGUGCGAGGCGUGAACCACCAUCAGCAACAGGCGGUCGGCUCCGACAUAAUGGUCACGUCUUCCGACACGUCGUCGUCGCUGUUCUAAUCGCCAACCGCCGUCAUCGCGUGUGCUGCAAAACGCAUUAUAAAUGUAUCAUAUUAUCGUGUUAUCAUUGUGUAAAUAUCAUUAUAUAACAUUAUUAAGUAAAUAUUAUAAUUAAGAGUAGUCGCGUUCUACGCGGAUACGUCAAAGCGCUAUAACGAUUUGUAGGUUGCAGGGCACUCGUUUAUCAGGUGGCCCACCUCCGUAUACCGGACAUCUGGUGCUCACCGACACAGAAUUUUCAAGACGCGUACACGCAAUCGUGCGUAAACAAAUAUACACUAAUGACAUUAUGUGAUCAAAAAUAUUUAUAAAACGUGUCAUCCUUUCGUCUUGGUUUAUGGUGUACACGUUAAUCAUUUACGAUCGAUCAUAUAAUAUUCUUGGCAGUACUUUAUCGCACGAUUAUGUAUAGGUAGGCGUAUCUGAAAUGGGUGGGCUAAACUAUUCCGAUGUCUGAUAAAAAUGAUAUAAAAAACCGUUGUUUUGUUGGUGACCCAAUGGUCUGGGGUUGUGUGCAUUUUUCGCGAUAUUUUCAUUUUUAGCAUACCACUAAUCGCGAUUUAAUAAUAUUGUUAUGACAGCGUUGCGUAUAGCGUAUCCUGACCAGUUUACUUUUCCGUUACCGGCCGAUGAUAAGUAUACGCAUAAUACACAAUAUUUACUGCAAAACGACUCACUUUUAUCAGUUAUUCAUACCUAAAAUUGAACAAGACCCGGUAGAUCGCGUGAUAUUAAUGAAUAAAAAAAAAUCUUUAAUAAACCUUAAAGAAUAUCGGUGGGUCAACUGCUAAACGAAUGCCGUAUAGGUUAUUAUAAGCUCGAAAAAUAUUUAACAAUAAAGUGGGUAUCGGCCAUACUACCUCGUACAAUAACUAUAUUUAUGAUCAUCGUCGCGAUCACGUGAUCAGACGUUGGCCACUAUUUUUGUUUAUAUUUUUAAAUAGUUCUUAAUUUGAUCCUCUGGCCAACUAUCCAAUAAUAUAUUUCGAUUGACCAUCGGCGACGUAGCGAUUGCAGCGAAUUCGUUUCGAAUUGGUGGCACACACACUCGAAAAUAAUAUGAACUGAGGGUAACCGUUGCAUAUUGAACGCUACCGUAACCACCCGCAACGUUUUCAGGUUAAAUACCCCCCCCCCACCAAACACUUACAGACCAACAGUUAUCGAAAGCCCCCCCCCCAUAAUAUUGUGGACGCCAACGCAGUCAAUGAAGUCUUGCCGUAUCAUAUCUUCAGGAACUUGUUCGUCCCGUGUUCACUUCGCUUUUCGGCAUACUCGUCCACAUUAUAGCGUAGUGAUAUUUUUUAAAACAUUUAGUUGAAUUUUUUAUCUCAAAACAACAAUACGAAAAUAAAAUGCGAAAUCGUCCAUUAUUUUACAUUAAUUAAUCUGCUGUUUUGUUUCGAGGUAAAAAAAAAAAUCAAAUGAUGCCCUUUCACGGUAUCCGUUCUCUAAAUAAAUAUAUUGUUGCGAAACCGUGUAAACAUCGCUGUCGCCGUCCCCGAGUGUCCCUUACAGAAUCGACACACACACGUCAAUACAAUUAUUAUCCUCUGCCGCAGUGCCGCGUGCUCGUCGCAUUGUGCUCAGAUAACGAUUGUUGCGUCGCGAUGUGCAAGCCACUGUUAUUGCAAUACGUUUAGUAUAAGAAAGAAUAUAACCUUACGCACGUCGUGCGCGUAUAAACUGUGUGUACGUGAUCCGAUGACUAUUUUUGUUAUUUAUUUUAUUUUUUAUUUUUUCUAUCCGUCGACAUUUCAGUUACCUACACUCUCGUCGUCCGGAGGCGUGUGUUUAUACACAUUUAGCGAGAUACGAUUGGUGGCGGGGUCCAGGGACGAUGGGCUUAUAGCAACAAAAGUCAUAAUAAUGACUUUAUCCUAUAUUACACUACCUGUUUUGAGCAUCUGGAAAUUUUGGGUACGAUCAUCGCAACGAAAUAUUUAUUCACGGAUGAUGAUAUAUAAAAACGAAUACCCUCUCCCAAAUCAAUUGCAAUACACUAUCCGUCACUUAUUAUUUUACGAUGACCUGAGAAAAUCGAUAGGUCGAUUGUGGGCAAUAAACAAUAAGACAAAAAUGUAAAUAUAAUUAUUUAUUUUGAAUCAAUAAUUCAGGUUUAAAAAGUAAAUUUAAUAAACGAGAGUUGAAGCGUUUUACUAUACUUACAAACUACUAUGGGUGACGUGUGCACGCAUGUGUUGUAAGGGAUGGUUUAUCAUAAUAUGAUGGCUAUCUCAUCUUUUCCAAAGAAAGGAUCCCAAAAUACGUCUUUGCCCGGUCGAACUACGGAUUCUCGCAUAUUAUAACAAAAUAUUAUUAGUUGAAAUGGUCGUCAGAUUUAUUUCAGGUUUUGAAAAUUAUUGAUUUUUUACGAAUACCCGAUAAUCGGUUUAUAUUAGUUAAAACCAUGUAAAUAUAUAAUAAUAAAAUAGUAUUCAUCGACGUGUUUGUUCGCUAAUAUCGUCAUUAUUAUUUAAAUACAUUGAAUAAUACGAUUAUUUUUUGUUUAUAUCUAUUAUAUUACUAGGUAUAAUAUUUAAUUAUAAUAUUGAUCUAAAUUGUGUAGCGAUAACUCAUGUACAUACGCGCAGUCUAUAAUAUUUGUAUACAUUUGUAAAGAUAAUUUAUCGUGUGUUGUUAUUUAAAAUUUAUAUUUAUUAUACCCAUACGUACGUGCAAUAAUUCGUAAUUUUUGUUUUUUUUUUUUUUACAUUUUCUUGUAUAAAUCAAUUUUUCUUAGCUCGAAAAACUACAUUUUAUUGCGCAUUUUAGACAGUAAGAAUAUUAUCUUAAUUAUGCUUGUUAAAACACCCAACCCCGUUCGUCCUUUUUCUCAUAUACCCAUAGUGAAUACUAACUGCAAUAGCAUAAUAUUAUUGUAAUUUUCUAUUUCGUUUUGAUUUUUGUCCUUUUUUUUUUUUUUUGUGAUCUCAUGUGUACUUUCAUAUUCAUUUUUAGUGCCGUCUAUUAUAGGAGAAUGUUUUACGGUGAAAAAAAAAUUGUAAUAUGUUUAAUAUAUUCUGAAUAGGACAUUUUAUGUUUAAAGCUAUAAUACUACAUUUUAGAUUUAUAUUAUAUUGAUGCUAAACUACUGACAUAAA